GUUGGGGUAAAGUCAGCGUACACACUACCCUUCCCAGACCCCACUAGUGGGAUUAUACUGGGUUGUUGUUGUUGUUGUUGUGUCAGUGUUUUGAGGAUUAGAAAUGUGUAAAUUUAAUCAGAAUUAUUUAACUUUUAUAAACCGAUAGUGUAAAUUAGGUCUCCUUUAAUUACAUGUCGUAAGAAUAAAUUAGUAACCUGCAAAACAUGGUAGAUAACUUUUUAAAUUUCUUCCUGUAAAUUUACGUACACUGAUAGUAUAAAUCCAUCUAACAAUUGCUUUGUUGUGGAAAUAUGUAAAAAAAAAAAAAAAAAAAAAAAAAAAUGGGAUACGAUUACGAGCUUCCCUCCAAGGGUAUUCGUGUUGAUGGGGUGUACAGAACACUGCCCAAGUUCUUCUCAAGGCUGCACAAAAACUUUCAAUUCUACUACUCCCUUAACGGCCAUACAUCUCCAGUGUCAGCAGCCUGUUAUGAACGUCAUUGUCAAUGCUCCUACAACUAUUGCUAUCCACAGGAAUAAUACCAACGUUGGAAACUCCACGCCUAAUGGAAAUGGGCCUGCUGCUGCAGCUGCAAAUGGAGGGCCGAUGCCACUGCCAAUCUUUCAGCAGCUGCAACAACCAAUGGCGCAAAACCAUCUUCCUUUGUCUCCACUGUCUAUCAGGCGGAGGGCGGGUGAUGUUGCUGGAACCAGCCGUGAACAGGUGGCCCCUCCACCAAGAAAUGGACCGGCGAAUGAGCAGGCUAUUAUCCAGAACCUAAUCUUGAGAUUUCUCUGGAAGUUAAUUCAACUUAUAAUGAGGAGCAUCCGUUUUUGUGCCAAAGGCUGGAGAGCAUGAACCUGGAGCGUCUGCGUCCUAUAGACGAGACGAGGCUGGCUUCUGAUGAAGAAGAAGAUGAUAAAAUCCGCCAUCCCAAUAUGUUUCAUUUCUUUUAGGCAUCGUCCGGAUCGGAGACAAGCUCUUUGGAUGGAGUUUAUAAAGUACUGUGAUAUGGUACUCAAAACAUUUUUUGAACAAUUUAUCUUGGGGUUUGUGUUUUGGCAUCCUACGAUAGACAUUUGUGGUCCGGCCCUUCCCCGGACCCCGCGCAUAGCAGGAGCUUAGUGCACCGGGAUGCCCUUUUGUUUGUAUUUUGGCAUCGUUUUUCAUGCCUGGUACUAUUCUUAGAUCUUGCUAUCAAAACAAUUGGAAGCUGCUUUUGAUUAAACCAUUGAUGGAUUCAUAUUUCCAUAA